AUGCUGAAACAAAAGCCGGUACUCGCCUCCCUGGCAGCGAUCGUAGUUCUUGUGGCCAUAAUUUUUUUUAUAAUGCUGAUCCUAGGGCUUACGAAUUACAAGCCAAAGGACCCCAUAACCCUAGUGGAUGCACUGGUCUUAAGAAACCUAGAAGUUUGUCACCAUGCGCCUAAACUCAUCACCAUGGUAAUGUCUUUCUCUAUCAAGAACGGCAACAAGGUGGCCUUCAAGCCCUCCAAGGGCACUGCAAUCUUGUUCUACAAGGGCGUGAACGUCGGUGAGGCUGAUAUAGAGGUAGGAAAGGUAGCGCCGGGAGCCACCAUAAGCACGAAUGUUACGCUCACCGCUUUGGCUGAUCGUUUGAUGGGCAACCCCGCGGUUAGUUAUGAUAUGUUGGCGGGUAGCAUGCCUUUCAACACUUUCACCGAAGUCCCCGGCAAAGUGAAGAUCUUUGGAAUGGCUAAGGUUGCUGUGACCUCCACCAACUUGUGCGGUUUUGACAUCGAUAUCCGUAGCAAGACUGUUGGGGACUAUAGCUGCACAUAG